GCAUCUCAGUCUAAAUCACCUAUUUCCAAUUUGAAACAUUUUUUUUAAAGCCAGCAAAGUUUUCAAGACCAUUCCUCCUUCCUCCUUCCUUCUUCCUUCUCCUCUCCCCUAAUCAGCACCUUUUCUCUACUCCUCCUCUUCCACCUGCCUACCCCCAACCAGACAGACACCAAAACCAAACCAAAAACAAAACAACCUAGUGAGAGUGAGUGAGUAAAUCUCAAUCUUAAUGGUUGUUGUCCAAGGCACCAAGGUCCCUCUCCCACACCCUUCCUCCCUCUCUCCCUCUCCACACCCCCUCCCAACCACCUCCAUCCUCUUUGAACCCUCCUCCCUUUCUCUUGCCCUCACCCACUCUGACUCCUCCCUCUCUCUCUACCCUUCCUUCUCCCCCUUUUCCCCUUCCCAAACCCUAACCCUAACCCUAACCAUCCCCUCCCCCUCCUCCUCCUCCACCUUCCUCCUCCUCCAAAACCACACCAACCCUACCUCCUCUGUGGGUCCCACCGUCCUCUUUAUAGUCUCGUCCCCACAUAGAGCCGGCAUCCUCCUCCGCCUCUACCGCCUCCGCCGUCUCGAAACCCCCUCCUUCUCCCGUGUCACUGACGUCCUCUGCUCCCAUAAAGACCUCCGCUUUGAACCUAACCUCGGCGUCGUGCUCAACGCCAAGCACGGCGCCUCGGUCAGGCUCGCCGGCUCCGUCAAUUACUUCGCGCUCCACGCCCUCUCAAGUAACAAGGUUUGGGUCUUCGCCGUGAAAGACGACGACGAUGGUGGUUUGAGAUUGAUGAGGUGUGCGGUGAUUGAGUGCACGCGGCCGGUGUUUUCCGUGAACGUUGCGUUCGGGUUUCUGAUUCUCGGCGAGGAGAAUGGGGUUAGAGUUUUUGGAUUGAGGAGGCUCGUGAAGGGUAGGAGUGGGAAGAGGGUUGGGAAUUCGAAGCAGUUGAGGAAUGGUGGUGGUGGUCGAGGAGCGGGUUUGGAGGCGGUGAACUGCAAUGGUGAUUUGAAAGGGAAGAUGGAAAGAUAUGUUGUUGCUACUGCUGUGAAGCAGACAAAUGUUAAAUUAAAACACGACAACAGAGAUGGAGGUUCCUGUUUUGUGACGUUGAAGGUAAAUGAGGUUAAAACAAAAUCCCCGACAAAGGUAUCCAUGUCUAUAAAGGCUAUUUCCAUUCAGGCUGUGUCCCAGAGGAUGUUUCUGAUCUUGGAUUCUCAUGGAGAUUUACAUUUGCUAUCCCUAUCAAAUUCUGGCAUAGGAGUAGAUAUCACCGGUAAUGUCUUGCAACUGCCUCAUAUUAUGAAAGUGCGAAGUCUUGCUGUUCUCCCUGAUCUAUCUACUAUGUCUCAGACUAUCUGGAUAUCAGAUGGGUGCCAUUCUGUGCACAUGUUCACUGCAAUGGACAUAGAAAAUGCUUUAAACGAAGCUGAUGGAAAUGAUUGCAAUGAAAAGCUUAUGCAUCUCCCAGUUAUUCGAGUUCUUUUCUCCAGUGAGAAGAUCCAAGAUAUCAUUUCCCUGUCUGCAAAUUCCAUUCUCAUUCUUGGACAAGGAAGCUUAUAUGCAUAUGCAAUUUCCUGAAGCUGCUUUGAUUAUUUUUGUAUCUUUUCUGUGGAAAUCAAUAUUCCUGGCUCCCUUGAUGUUCUAAAGUGUACUUGUGUGGUUCAUCGAUAAAUUCUAUCUUUCAUAUCAGGUGCUCUGGUUGCUCUCACCUUAUAGUGCAUCCCUAGGAUACUGGAGAUCAUGAAAGAUUGCAAGUAUCAUUGGACUGGUAAUAUCCGUGGAGUUCUAUAUUUCUGGACCUUCGAUUUUCAACAGCUUAAAGCCACCUGUCCUGCAAAACCUGUCACAGUUAACUGCUGGACUACAUACCUCCAACAAAGAUGUUGGCUGUUCAUCCAACUUGCGUUAUGUUCAUUUCCUGAUGUUGGCUUAAAUCAUGGUUUUCUGUCAGAGAACUCAGCAAGGUUCGAUAUAAAAGGCAUGAUCUUGGCAAUUGGGUUGGCAUCAUUUGUUGGAAUAGUGUUAUUGGAUUGCAAUUUUCUUAUAUCAGCUAUGCCUAUGGUUGCUAUUGUUGUAAGUUAGUAGAGUUGGAGGCUUGUCUUGUUAUUUUAGUGUACAUUUGCCUUGUCUUGUUCUUUAGUGUUACGUUUAUACUUUAUAGCCUUGUCUUGUUAUUUAUUGUUACGUUUAUAGCCUAUCAUGUUUUGUUGUCGUCUUGACUUGACAAUCUCGAUGCCUUUAAUGCUGCUAUACCUAUUAAUUAUGAUGAAUUUAUGUUCA